AUGCAAGCGCUGCACAGCAGAGCUGGUGAUGAGGAGUCACUGCACCGUGCCAGAAAGGUGAACCCCUUCCGGGCCUCUGGGCGUUUGGCCCGGGGUGCUGAGCAUGUGCCAUUCCUGAACAAUGUGAUGCAGGGCCUGCAUCGUGUGCGCGGGAAGAGUGAAGAGCUGAGACGAGCGAAAAAGAAAAACCCUCUGGGGGCGAAUGGUUACGUCACAAAGUUUGGCGAGCACAUCCCUGGAUUAGCGGAUACCAUUUGUUGCAUCCAUAAAUUUAGAGGCUUGGAUGCAGAAGCGGAACGGGCUCGGGCUUUCUCACUUCAUCGAAUGGUGGGCCGCCAGGGUGCAAUCACACAGCUGGCACAGCUUUUGCCUGGAACAAAUCUCAUUGCUGCUCUCUUAGCCGAAGCAAAAGGCGAUCGGAAAGAGGCUGUAAAGGCGAUGAACUUGUUGAAGAGUUGGCGGGAUGUGGCCUCCGCAGAUGGAGCUCUAGCGCGUGUGGCCGAGCUGUUGCCUGGAGUGGAUAUCAUUUCUUUUGGUCUCAUGGUGAAUCACGGCCAUUUUGCCCAUGCAGUUCGAGCCAUUUGCAAAACUCGAUGGGUGGACGUCACAGCAAAGUCUUCGACUUUAACACUGUCCACUGGAUGCGUGGAGGACUGGGUGGUGCAAUCGGUGGAUUCUGAUGUGGUGGUUCAACCUCGAGCGACUUCACUGGCAAGCGGUUUGGUUGACGUUUUCAUUCACCUUUUGGACUUUGACCAGCAUGGAAAUCAACGCUGGGUGACAAGAGGCUUGGAGCAUGAGCUGCCAUCGGCUUGCACAAGGAAGAAGAGAAGAGGCCUGAGAAGAGCUUUUGAAGAUGUCAAGAUCAUGAAGGCGAACCAAGCGAUGCAUGGCAUGCUGGACUAUUUGUUUCUGAGCUCUCCAUGCUUGGUUGCUUAUCUCGUGGAGCUUGCAAACUGGGCUGUGUAUGAUUGGACAGCAUCAUCCCCCACAAGUAGAUGUGUUCUGAGGACAUUUUCUAUUCUCUUCCCUCCAAUGGUAUGUAGAAGCCUUCCUGAUACUGCACCAAGUGCUGGCCUGGGCCGUGCUGUACAGAACUCUUUGCCGGGAGUUACAACAACACAUGGUCAGAUGCCUGUGAACCCCUCCAACUUCCAGAUUCCAGCUGUGCACAUUGAAGAGAAACACACCCUUUGCAACCUUGUCCCAUCCGUUUGUGCAGGUGCUUCGUGUGUCUCGAUCUCCUGCGUGGCAGCAGGUAUGCAUUCUUUAUUACCAUUGGCCUGCUUGUCAGGCUGCCUGGCAGGCGUGGGCUUGCUUCACCGAAGAAUUAAGAGCAAUUUAACGCGCUGGCUGAACCAGUUCAAUGCUGAAUCUUGGAAGUCGAUGGCAGCGCCAGUAGUGCCGCUCACCAGGCAAAUUGAACAGUCAGAUGAGCUCCCUCCACAGUCCGUUUUGGAAUGGGCGAUCUAUGAAAACGUCCCUGAGAGUGUCAAUGAAAUUUUUGAACCUCAGGGUGUUACCUUUGAAUGGUCGAGGACUCUUUUAGAGGAUGUUGGAUUUGCAGAGCUUUUUCGCAACUACGUGCUCCACGAAUGGCUCUCAAAACAACGCAAGUGGAACUGGAUGCACCCAGCCUUUUGGAUAUUGCACUUCUUCGAAGCACCUUUGCGAGGCUGGGACUGUCAAAAUGCACAAGAGUGA